AUGCGAAUUUGUGUUUUCCAAUCUUGUUUUGAGGAGUUACAAGCUUCGGUUGGAGAGGCGCAGGAGUUAUGUAUGAAUCCAGGUGUAUUCAUAACUCAGCACACGGUCGCGCACAAAACUAUUCAUAAAACGACAGCCAAAGAACAGAUCGAUGCGGCUGUGCAAGAAGGAUAUGACUUUUAUUUCAACUUCAUGUGGGGUACACACGAUGAUUCACUGGCAGGAAUAGAUGCGAUUCGAUAUUUUGAGUCACUCAACCUUCCAUCUGCCGGUGUUCAAAGCUCCGAAAGAGAAGAGUCAAAAUGGGACUUCUUCGCUGCGGCAAAACUGGAGGGCAGUCCUCUAGUUCCCGGAACUGAGAAAUUUCCAUUAUUUGUCAAACCUGCGUCCAGUUAUGGAAGCAUGUUCAUCGAUGAGCAUUCUUUAUGCCGCAAUGAGACCGAGCUCAUUCACUGUAUCGAGCGACUGAACAAACUAAUGCGCCCUGUACGCAUACAACGAGCGAUAGCCCUGGAUCAUUCUAAUCCAGAUCAAUAUGCAGACGCUCAUGAAUCCGCGGGGCCUGAUAGCACAGACAUCGUCGUUCAGGAAUUUAUUGAUGGAGAAGAAUUCUCGGUAGUGGUGAUAGCAAUGGGGGAAACCCCAGUCCCACUCAUUCCGCAACGCGCCAAAUACAAACAAGUCUCCGGGGAUGGACGUUUUCUGACGCUCGAUCUGAAGUUUGACUCAGAAUCUGGCUACGAGCUCCUUGAAGAAGCUGAAGAUCCCGAUCUAUAUCGGCUUUUGCAGAAGAUGGCAAUGGAGGCUUUUGCAACAAAGAAGAUGUACACCAAUUAUAUGGGUUGCGACGUCGACAUGCGUAUUGGCCGCGACGGAAGAGCCUAUGUCAUUGAGGUUGAUCCUCUUCCUGUCUUCUUUUAUCCAACUGGAUCCCAACUCGAGGACACAGACGUCAAGUAUGGAUUCCCGGGAUCGUAUAGAGCCGUCGUCAACACUUACAUCACCAACUUCUUCCUGAAGAACCCUGGUAGUCGCGGACUACAUUUUACAGAGUUAGCCGCUCUUUUUGAUUGCCAUGGCCAUAGCGCGCAGUCUGGGGCUCAAGUACAAGUCCCGAUGUCUGUGUCUGGAACAGCAAUUGAUCUUGGCUGUGGUAGCGGAGCAGUCGGUCGUGCUUUACAUGCAGACUCCAAUAAUAAUAUCACACAUCUGAUUGGAAUUGAUAUUUCCGAGAAGAUGCUUGAUCUUUCUCGUCAUGGCGGUCAGUACAGUGAACUAGUACACGACAGAAUGGAGUCGUUUCUUUCUCGUCAGACAGAAAUGGUAGAUCACAUAUUCUGCGUUUCUGGGCUGGAGUUCCUCCCCAUGGAAGAGCUAGACUUUGUUCUUGUGAGAUGCUUCCAGCUUAGCAGGCAUUCCAUCACACUGACAUUGGAUGAUUGGAAUGAUGGAUCAGCGGCCGACAUCAGGUCGUCCGGCCGCUUCAAAAAUUACUAUAUGGAUCAUCACGAAAGCAUAAAGUCGUUCCAAGUCCCACAAGGCUGGACGAUGAAAACUUCAGAAGCAUCAUAUAGAUGCCGAGAGAAUCAUCGACUGACAUUUCAUUUCACGAAAUGA